CUCUGCCCCUUUCUUCCCUUCUAUUUUUCCUUCGUCUUCGCUCUCUAGGCCAUUUCUUGCAGUUAUCCGUUUUCCCCUCUUUACCCACACCGUCUUGUUUCUUGGUUCUCGUUCUGUACUCUCAUCUCUCUGAAACAAUGUCCGCCGAGAAGGAGAGAGAGGGCCACGUUUACAUGGCCAAGCUCGCCGAGCAGGCUGAGAGAUAUGAGGAAAUGGUUGACUUCAUGAAGAAAGUAGCAAAGCUUGAUCUCGAUCUAACUGUGGAAGAAAGGAACCUCCUCUCAGUAGGAUAUAAAAAUGUCAUUGGUUCACGGCGAGCCUCGUGGCGCAUAAUGUCUUCAAUUGAACAGAAGGAAGAGUCUAAAGGAAACGAGCAAAAUGUUAAACUGAUCAAGAGUUAUCGCCAAAAGGUUGAGGAGGAACUAUCCAAGAUUUGCAGUGACAUUCUGACAAUCAUUGAUGAGCACCUGAUUCCCUCUGCCUCGUCAGGAGAAGCCACUGUUUUCUACUACAAGAUGAAGGGUGACUAUUAUCGGUAUCUUGCUGAGUUCAAGACUGACGAAGCAAAGAAAGACGCAGCUGAUCAGUCAAUGAAAGCAUAUGAGGCUGCUUCAGCCACUGCAAACAAAGAUCUUCCAUCGACACACCCAAUCCGUCUUGGACUUGCACUCAACUUCUCUGUGUUCCAUUACGAGAUCAUGAAUUCUCCUGAAAGGGCCUGUCAUUUGGCUAAACAAGCCUUUGACGAGGCAAUUGCGGAUUUAGACAGCCUGAGUGAAGAGUCAUACAAGGACAGCACUUUGAUCAUGCAGUUGUUGAGAGACAACCUGACUCUCUGGACCUCGGAUCUGCCUGAGGAUGGAGGUGAAGAUAGCGGCAACAAAGUUGAAGAGCCCAAACCUGCUGAACCUGAGAAGAAGGAAUAAGGAACUGAUAAACCUGUACAAGGCAGUCGGAUGUCAGUCUUCUUGCAAUGCGGACCGUGACCACUUCGUUAUUGUGCCCUCCUUAUAUCCAUCCAAAGUCAGAAAGAAUUGGGUUUUGGGCUGUCUUGUGAUUUUGAAAUUUUUUGUUUCUACUGCUUUAUCAUUCUUUUCUAGUGCACUGGCCAGUUUUAGCAACGGAUUCUUCACAUGUACUCGGUUUGCUUUAAAGCGUCUAUUUUGUGUUCGUUAGUUUUAAGGUGAUCCAGGUUAACAUCGAUUGGCUUUGCAAGUAGGAAGUCCUUUUAAAUUUUAAUUGGCAGUGAAGAAAUAAAAUUUGUUAAGGCCCUAUUGAAUUUGGACUUUUGAUUUCUGAAUUCCGGGUUGGCCUGGUUCGGCCCACAGAAUAUUUGUCUGGGAAAAAAAA